AAACAGCAGCGCGGUAAAGUGCCUCAGCUGAUGACAACAAGUCCAGUUUACGAUUUCAUUUGUAUAAAGUUGUAUAUCAAGUAUUAGGUAUUCAUUUGUCCAACAAGGGAACUUCGUUUUAAUGUUGCUAUUGUUAUUUACGUUAGCCUAGCCAGACGCUAUAACAGCUAACGUUACAUUAGCUUUACAUUCACUUCAUCGUGAUCUAAGCUAGCUCACGUUAGCAGAGAUGAAGCCUUUAAGAGGCUCUAACCAGGCCUCUUCAAAAGCACCUAACAUGAAGAAAAAUAAAAAACCUGACCAGGAACAACAAUCAGCAGAGAAUCAGGACCCAAAGCCCAAUGGCAAGAGCACCCAGCCAAAAGCAGCCAAGAAGAGGAAAGCUGAGGUCUCACCUUCAGUCCCUGACAAAGUCAAAGGAGAGGAAAAGUGGAGGCCGAUGCCAGCAUCCUCCAUCAUUGCUCUGGAAAACAUGAUGGAUUUGUCCAUACUAGCAACUAUUGCUUUGAGGCGGAAAGAGAAGAAAGAGAGCCGGGAACAUCUAAACAUAAUUAAAAGCAGGUUUCUUGCUAAAUGUGCAGAGCUCAAAGUUCCAGUGCAGAAACAAAAUGAUUUGGAGCGUUUUUCUCAGAGCCACCAAGAGGAGGCCAAGAAGUCAGGGGUGGGGAAGACGACCCUGAGCACAGUGGAGGAAAACCUGAGAUCUGUGGUCCGUGCUCUGGAGAAGAGGGAAGAGCAGGCCGACUCUCUGGAGAACACAUGCAGCCUGCUGAGGGAGGAGGAGGAGGAGGAGAAAGCUAAAGAGAUCCAACAGAUAGCUGAACAAGCAAAUCUCAACCUUCCCUUCCUCCCUCCACAAAAAGAUCAAUCAACAUUAGAGGCUCGAUUGAGAAAAAUUAUACCAGAAAGUGACUGUGAAGCCACUGCCCGCAAACUUGGAGAAAUCCUGCAGGAAUCAGAGACCACUGAGGGUACCCAAGCGCUUCUUCUGCAGGCACAGAGACAAGCCAAUCAGCUGUUCAACCCUGGCUCCGCCCACAUCUGUAGUGCACCGUCUUCUUAGACAGGUCUGAAAUGUUAAGGAUAUUUAUACAUGUAAGAAGAAGAAGAAGUGUGUACGCAUUAUUUUUCCUGUGCUAAUAUUACUCAGUUCUACCUUUUGUGGUGGUUAAACACCUGCAAAAAUAACGUGGCGCAAAAAAUGUGGCAAAUAUGUGAAGAACUAGAAAAAAGUCUAACUGGCAGCAAUGGAAACAUUACACAAAGAGAGAAACACCUGCAGACUAAAUCAUAAGGUUUCUUUAACAUUUUGUCUUUAUUGUGAAGCUGCCAGUACAGAGUCAGAGAGGAAACGGGGAGAGAUGGGGAGGCAUGAUAUGCAUCUAAAGUCUUCAUUGAAACCGGAAUAGAAUCAUUUUGCGGUUAUGUGGUAUACACCUUAACCAUUCCCCAUCCGAAGUGUGCAGUAUUAUUUAAAGAAUUCGCUGUCGAAGCAUUUUUGCGUUUUUUUUUUUUUCAUAGAAAGUCCAAAUUCUUUUUAUUCAUCGUUUGUGCCUAAAUAACAGAACACAUAAACUUCAUUAAAGAAAUACUGUAACGGCAAAUAAAGAGUGACUUGAUGUCCAUAAUCAGAACCUUAGAGACACGAGUUCAUGUUAAAAACAUCUAAUUUACUUUUGUUCAUUAAAGGGGACCUAUUAUGCAAAAUCCACUUUUUCAUGUCUUGUAUACAUAAACAUG